AUGGAACCCAAAAACCACCACAGGUUAGCUGCUGCAGCACCAGCAGCAGCAGCAGCAGCAGCUGCAGCAGCAGCAGCAGCAGCAGUGGUAGUAGGAGGAGGAGGAGGAGUAGAUGCAGCUGGAACGGAAGGAGUAGCAGCAGAAACGGAUGAGUUAGAGGGGCCGUUGCAGCAGCAACAGCAGCAGCAGCAGCAGCAACAGCAGCAGCAGCAGCAGCAGAGGGUAGAGGAAGGAUAG